CUACAAGUUCGUGAUCAGACCGAGAGAUGAACGAUACACCUGAGCGAGCACACUUUGGGAGAGUAAGCAGGAUUCGGACCCCAAGGUGGGCUGUACCCGAUGGGCUGGCUAUAUACAUACAUAUUAACAUAUACACGGUCAUUUUUCUACAGCGCCAGUGAAGCAGAUAGUCCAGAUACAAUUUUACAAAAUUCAAAGGUCUGCGAGGAGGCCCAGCAAUGAUUCGGAAGAAAAGGUAAAGCCAACAGUUGAGAACCAGGUGUGUGAAUCACAGAAAAGCACACCGCGCCUUCACCUGUGGUUGUUAUUGUUUCACCUGACGGCACGGGACUCCACUCACACGCAGGUAGACAGUGUGUGGGCUUAUUCCGUGCAGAUGUUUGAGACAGGACGAGGUGUCUACUCCCAUCUCCCCUCUCAGCUCAAGUCGCUCCGACUUGCCGGCAGAUUCAAAAACACGAUUUCCUAAAUUAGAAACUUCGGGAAACAGUCGACAAGCCACCACAGCAUGGAGCUAAUAACGAUAAUUCUAGUGCUCGCUUCCUCCCUUGUAACUGUGCCUAUUGUGUAUGUGCUGGAUAAACUUGCUUUCCUGAAACAGCAGCAGAGUUUCUUUAUUGGCAUCGUCGUUUGCGUGUCUUUGGCGGCAGCAGCGGUGUUGCCGGCGUUGGUGCUGCGCCGACGGUAUCGCCAUGUUGACUGGGCUAUAUACGUGUUUGGAUUCUUUUGCUGGAGUUCAAUGAUCGAUCUCAUUACUGCACUUCAGCUGCAUGGCAUUUUCAUUACAGACUUCAACCUUUUAGAACUGCGUCCUAUGCUUAAUAACACCCAUGGAAUAUUUGCAGCUUAUUGGGAUGGCUCAGCCCAUUAUAUCCUUCAACUUUCUGCCAUUAUCCUCUUCUGUCUCCAAGAAAAUUACAGGGAGAUUGGUCUAUACUGGUGUGGUUCUUUUAUCAACUUCAUGUUGCUCUUGCUGGAAGGUGCUAUUCUGGGAAAUACUGAAAAGGGGUGGCUGUGUUUCCUAAAUGUGCCAUUUUUACUUCUUGCUGUUUGUGUUGCAAUAAAAUUCAUCAGAGAAAGACCCUUCCAGACACGCUCUUACAGGAAAAUUUCUAGCAUUGUUUACCGCCCUUUAGACCUUUUCUUUGCCAUUUGCUUCGUUUUGGCCAUUGCGGUUGCCUUUCUUCGUGGAUUUGCUGUGCUUGGCGCAAAUGUCUCCUGCAUGGAUUUUUACCUGAAGGAAUUUGAGCCAUAUUUAACAGACCCAUCUGCUUUUCCUAAAGUACAGAUGCUGGUAAACAUGUACUACUUUGUCUUUUACUAUGUGUGUGCCAUCAAUGGGUUGGUAAAUCCAGGGCAGCUCUGGAUGUCGGACUGGGCCAUCAUCCAUGCUGGUGCCACUAUUCAAUCUCAGUUUGUGCAUAUGGCCAGUUCAUUUCAUAGUUACACUCCAGAGGAAUUGCAUGCUACUAAGACUGGGAUGGCAGGAGCAGUAUUCUGGGGAGUUAAUUUGGCGCCAUUGGUGAUUGCACAUCUUUUUGCCCUGAGAUGUUGGAGUGACCCAGACAACUAUGGCUGUACCAGCAGCACAACUUCACGUUACAGCGUCCUCAAUCGCAAGCGAGACUGAUUGGAAUCUCAUGUUGCAAAACUCAAGCUGGUGUUUACGCCAUGACAGCAGUUUAUUCAAAUGUUGUUGGUUUUUUUUUAAAGAUAUUGUACUUAGCAGCCUGUAGUUUCAGUCUAAAUUAAUGACUUUCCAUAUUCCUCAGCAAUUUCAACAUUUCACUUUAUGAGAUUCUCUUUAAAGCAUCUGGGAGAAAAUAAGCUAAAUCCUCUUUAGUUCCCCCCUCACCUUUUUUUAACAACUCAAUUUGUGGGAUACAUAAGUGCCAAGGGACUUCAAAUUGCUCCAAUUUUUUGUAUGCAUGAAAAAUAUGCAGAUGCAUGCUGUAGUGACAAGGAAUGUUGGAUUACUUGAUAUGUCUUCUAUGUCUAGUUAAUAUAUGGAAGAGACAUGGCCCACAGAUGGUGGUGGUGGUGGUGAUGGAAGGUUGUGGAAGUAAAAUAUGAUAUUAACAUCAUUUUUGUAACCUGAGAAAUAUUUUUAUUUUCUAGAUUGAGAUAUAGUGAUAUGUGCAAUAUUUUUAUGUGAAAACAUCACUAUUGUGAAUUAUUACAAUAACAUUUUUUGUUAAGCUGCACAUCUUCAACAAAAGCUAAUAUAUCUUGGAAAGGAAGAUCAACUUUAAGUACCUGUGUUGCAAUUUUUACAUGAAAUCAAAUAUUUUUAUGAGUGAUUCAUGUCUUUUAUGAUCACCUAGCCAAACUUACACUUUAAACAGUCUAUGAACAACAGUUUUAAACAGCAUGUGCCACUAUAUUAAUAUAGCAACUCCCAAAUGCCUCUGUCAGAUAGCAAAAAAAAACCUUCCUCGAUCAGCCUUGUCCGAGUUUUCUCAUUUUUAGAAUAUAUUGAAAAUAAUUUGUAAACUCUAUGCUCCAUUGUUAUUGUUAGUAACAUUGUUGGUGUGGGAAAGUCACAGAAACUGCUCCCUCUCAACAGCAAGAAUAGGUGUUAAAGACACAUAUCGGUGUUUAGUGUUCAUCAUGUACAUGAAGCAGCAUAUAUUCAUUGUGCAAGUGAAGCAUCCUAUGUUGUGCAUUGUGUAAGUUAGAGGUUCCAAACCUACGGCCUGCAGGCCACAUCCAGCCCGCUCAGACACAACAUAAUUUCAUUUUUAAUGUCAUGAUUCUGGCAAAACCGCCAUGUUCUGGCCGGUGAGAUUUUAUAAUAUGUCCAGUGUGGCCCUCGGGUGAGAAAAGGUUGGGCACCACUGGUUAUAGGGAAGCAUUUUUUUUCUUGAUUAAUGUGUUAGCUCUACACCUGACAAGCAUUGGUGCCAUGUACUAUUGUCAACAUCAAGUUGUACUUGAUACCAAACAGAAGGCAGCAGUGCCAAGUCUUUUUGCAUGACAAGUGUUUUGAUUUUAUUUUUUUCUUGCUUUUGGUGACUUAUUUUACUGCUGAUGUAUUCAUCCAGUUUGUUGGCAGCCUACAUUUUCCACAAAAAAUUUGUGUACAUAGGGGGUGGAAGAGGGUUUGGAGGAACUGUUGUGUGUGUAUACAUGGGUGCUUUAUUGUUAACUCUUCCCAACACACACACUUUCAAUGAAAUUUGUAAUUACAAAACAGUUUUGUGUGUGCAUCUAUGCAUACUGUCCAUGCUGUGUGCCUAUAAUCUUAAGCUUAAUGAUAAAGGUGUUGUUUUUUUAGCUAGAUAUACCCAUGCAUGUACUCACAUUAAACACAAAAAUCAUGUAAUUUGCAAUUACAGUCAUGCAGCCAUUCAUCCCUUGAACGAUAGCAGGUCCUGCACAGGACAACCAGUCCAGUCUUUGACGUUUGUGACCGAGUUCUGGCCACCGUGGCUUCAACCACUCUACAAGAUUCCUUGAAGGACAGUCUUCAACAAUGUGUCAUUCCAGGUCACAUGGCCAGAGCAGAUCAGCUUAUGUUGCUUGCUUGACUGUUGCAAGUAGAUGUUACUGGUGUCCUGCAAGUGUGGCAGUUGUGCUUUGUACAAAGUUAACUCUACAAAUUUCAUUGAAAGUGUUGGGGGUGAAAGUGAAAAAAGACCCCAGUCAUCCCAACACACACUCUUGCACUCACGUAGACAAUUUUUUUUGCUUCUGUUGGAGAUCUGCUAGUCACAGUUUAAAAAAAAAAAGUUCGCAUGGUUCUGGCUUAACAUGCACAUGGUGUACAUUUAUAUAUUUCAUGCUAAGAGUCUCGCCAAAGGCUAAAGUACUUGCAGCACAGAAAUUUGUGACUAAUCAUUUUGAUGCAAUCAUGAGAAUUUCUCUUACAAAUGAUUUUUCUCUGUAGUGCAUGUUUUAAUAAUUACUUCCUCUACAUAUUCUUGGAAAACACUAAAAUAUAUUAUUUUUAUUGACAAAGUAAAGCAUAACAAAUAACCAGUAAGUGUUCAUUAGAUUUUUAUACGGACAUAUCAGAAGUUGUAACCCCCCACCAAAAAACAAAUCUUGAAGAAAAAUGUAAAUGGAGACAGCAUUAUUUUUCCAAGUGCUCAGAAUUUUCUUUGCUAGGUGAUAAAUUUGACAAACUGAAAAAGAAAUGGCAGUUACUGAUGGCCUUAUCUUUAUUUUUAUAGAUUAUUUUGAUUGAGGUAUAAAAAUUAAUAAUGAAAAUUUUUUGCUACAUUUGUGAUUUGUUUUGGGGUAUUUCUGCCUUGCAAAAAUGUAAGGUUGUGUGUUCUGUUACUGUUGCAUUCACCCGUGUAUACUGCAUUCAACUGUAACUUCAAACAUAUUAUGCAUAUAUUUGCAUUUCACUUAAAAUAACAAAUAUUUGCUGUAAUUUUGAAUUACAAUUUGGUGUUGUAGCUUAAUAUUUAAUCUCCCUUUUUAGUCAGGGAGAUGGAUGUGCCAUAUAAUGUGAGAAUAUUAUCAAAAAAUGUAUUUGCUAUACAAUAUUUACCCGAUGCUUUUGCAUUAUUCAACUAUUUUCAUAUUCUUUCUAGAAGCUAGCUGCAAUAUUAUUGAAUGGUGUAAUAAAGUUAUACUGCAUAUCUAAAAGUAAGCAAUGCCAAACUUAUUUGCAUCUUUGCAUUUGGAUGUUGCUCAUGAGUUAAGUGAGAAGGAGAAAAGCAACAGCAGAGAUUUAUCUCUGGUACAACACAAAUCAACAAUGUCUAAUGUUUACAACAUAUCAAAACUGCCACAGACAUUGACAUGUGAAUAUAGACUGUGUAUACAGCAAAAUCAUAAAUAUACAUACCCUUAAGCAAAGGAAAGAAAAUGUUUACAAAGUACCAGCCAGGUAAACAUACAAUAAAGAGAAUGGCUGCAAUGCACUACACACAAAAAUGCUUUCAUCAUCAAAACUUUAUGAUGUGAGCAAAAUGUCUGCCAGAUACAAUGGAAAAUAUGGAAUCUAGAACAGAUUCCAUUCUGCAGUUUCAGUACAAAACAUGACUUUUGGCAUAACUGGAAAUCACAAGCAGUGCUAGCAAUACUUUUUUGUAAAUGUAAACCAAAUCUGCAUUUAGAUAGUAGAGAGAAGAUAACUGAACAUACUCCUGGCUAUAACUUGGGUAGUCUGUUCUCAACACUGAAUUCUUGAAAAUCUGCAAUAUAGUGCUUGAAACAGCCUAGGACUCAUACCAUAAGGUCAUUUUUAGCUAUGGUAGAGAUUUUUCUAUUGUAUGCUUGGUAAUCUAACCAUGAAUGUGUAGUCCUGAUUACCUUUCAAGUUUCAUUUUCGGUCUGGUUAAGCAGGAAAAAAAAAAAA